CUGUAUUGUUCUUUAUCCUGUGCCAUUAAUUUAGCUUUUAUUGACAUGCUUGUCAUAUAAAUAUAUAAUGUCAAUAAUUUUUAUUGAUUAUUGUUUAAAUUUAUACUUUAUAAAUUUAAUCCCGAAAGAACGCUAAAAUGGAUCCAACAUUACAAAGACAUGCAGCAAAAUGUAUCUACAUAAUUCCAGACGGAUUGAAAGAAUUAAUGUCUGAUAUAUCCAGAGAAGUAUUAAGAACACAACCACAAAAUAUGUAUGCCUUUAUAGCCGAUUAUUUAGAAGCCUUGCUUCUCACCAGAGAGAAUGCUCGAGUCGCAGCCAGGUUGAUCCAGAGUGUUACAGAGAUAGCAGAAACUACGAUGGAGUUCUUACAAAAAACCGGUAUGCACAAAUCUCUAGUAGACAAAGUUGUAGGCAUCAUGGAUCGUCAAUUUAAAAAAAGAGUUUUUGACGAGCGAAAUGCUAGUCAACUCGAACAAGGUGAAUACGUAGAUGAAGCUAACAUGAUAAGCGACAUUUUAAGUGAUGUUGAAUUAGAAGAAGGUGCAAUGCAGGAGUCAAUAGCAAUAAUUCAAAGGGCAUACAGAAGGUUUAAACAAAGAAAAGAAACCGAAAAAACUCUACUUACUGGAAUGAUAGAUUGGAGAAUUGCAGCCAGAAGCGCCAUUAAAUUAUACAGGCAAACAGGAGUAACUAACGAAGAAGCCAGGCGAGCUGCGACCUUAAUAAAAGCAGCUUACAAAGGUUAUUAUACUCGUAGAAUUAUGAUGACACUAACAGAAGAACAAAAAUUACUUAAUCCUGAAUUUAUCCCAUGUGAGAUAUCUGAACCUGGGCAAGAAGCUAUUUCAAGAGAGCCAUCUAUAGAAUCGAAAACUGUUACAAUUGAUUACGAUACAGUUAUACCUCAUGUUGAUUUUGGUGAUGUCACGGAUUUAGAAAGUCCCACAGCGAUUGCUGCUUUUAUUUUAGACAAAGUGUUAAACAUGGUAGUAACUGACGCUUCUACAAGUUCAAAGCAAAAAAGUAAAACUAAGCGUUACAGUCAAGUCUCAGAACGUGGUAGGAAAUCAGAAAUUAGUAGAAAAUCAGAAAUUAGUAGAAAAUCAGAAAUUAGUAGAAAAUCAGAAAUUAGUAGAAAAUCAGAAAUUAGUAGAAAAUCAGAAACUAGUAAGAAAUCACAAAUUAGUAAGAAAUCGGAUCCAAGUCGCAAACCAGAGCUUAUUAGUGACGUAACAGAUUAUAGUGCGAUAUCCGAACGUAAAAGUACGGUAUCAGAACGUAGAAGCAGAGCAUCGGGACGUGUUAGUUACGUAGACACAUAUGAUCAAAAAUCAGAUGUUGGUAGUUACGUAUCAGGACGUAGCAGUCGCUAUUCAGAACGAAGUGUUCGCAUAUCGGAAGCAUUAGUACGUAGUCGCGCAUCACCUGUUAGUGUAUCACAUGGCAGUCACAUAUCACAUGGCAGUCACAUAUCACGUGGUAGUGUCUUAUCAGGAGGAUCAGAACAUGGUAGUUACAAAUCAGAACAUGGUUCUCACGACUCAGCACGUGGUAGUCGCGCAUCGGAACGUGGUAGUCACGUAUCCGAACGUUGUAGUCGCGCAUCCGAAGGUGGUAGUCACGUAUCAGGACGUGGUAGUCACGUAUCGGAACGUUGUAAUCAGGUACCUGGGCGAGGUAGUCAAACAUCAAGAAAAAGUGGUAAAGAACCUCCUAAGGAUCUAUUAAUAUAACACCAUUACCAAUUUUUCUCCUACUUUUUCUUCUUCUACUUCUUCAUCUUUUUGCAGACAGCACACAUGACCUCUUCAAUUUGGAGAUAGGGGAGCUCACGAUAUCUGCCUGGAGUAUAGUUACUUUCUCUACUUAUACUUGAACUCUCUAGUUCUUGUAUAGUAUUUUCUUUGUCAUUCCAAUGUUCUUACGUACAUAAAUACAUAAAUUUUCAUUGCUCGAAUCUUGUCUGUUAAAUAAUAAUAUACAAAUCGAUUCAAAUUAGUUAAUGUGUAUGUAGUGAUCCACUAAAAAUGUUCCUUGGAAAAAUUCACGUAUGUCAGAGCGUUCAAUUUUUCUUUUUUUAAGACUCAGUUUGGAUUUAAUUCAGCGCCGUCCGUAAUUAUAAGCAUGAUGCUUCAUUGUUAUCACGGAUAUGACUUGUAUCUCUGUUUUUGUUGGUCAUGGAUUACUU